CACAGGUACCUUGCACACAGGUAUGGGAUGAAAAUCGAUACACUUGAUGAGCUGUUAACACUCCUGUAUACACAGGCCAGGAGAGGGCAGCAUACAAACUCCGAAAAGUGUUGCCUCCUGUUGACCAGCGGGAGACUCCAAUCCCCAAAUAGCUGAACCUGCCUCCCUAAUUGUCGGCACCUUCCUUCUUUUGGAAAGCAGAGUCUAGGGCCUUACUUAACAAGGGAUACCACAUUCAGAAAGGCUUGUUUCCACUUUUGCCUCCAGACUUGGUGCCGCCUGGCAAAAUAAGGAAAGCAACAUAGUUGAGAGAGAACUCAAUUUCUCUUGCUUUGAAUUAACUUCACUCUUUGAAGCUAUUCAGUCUUUAUCUUUGCUCUGCCCGCAGGUGGGUGGGGAAAAGGGAAGUAGAAUGCAGAGAAUAAGAGAUAAAAAAAGAAUAAGGUUUCUUGAGUUGGUUCUCCAGGGGAAAGGCUUAUGAGCUGCUUUAGCCAUAAACCUAGCCUUUACAUUAAGCAUGUGUCAAAGGCAGGUUCAAGGCCACAAGAAUACAUUUUAUGUGCUGGCAAUCAACAGUGUGUGUAGAAUCCUCGCGCAUUUGGUUUCAAAACAGAAGGGCUGGAAUAGCGUCUCUUAGCGUUCCAGAGUUUAAGACCAUGUGCUAAAAAAUAAGAAUUAUGCAUCCACCUCUUAGAAUCUCAGAGAUGGUCAAACCUCGUCCUUAGCACACCUGGUCCAGCCUUUUAAAAACUCAAGGCUCAUAAGCCUCGCACUGUUGUCUCUUUCACGGAUCAGCCAAAUCAUGGGGGCAAAGUAUAAAUGUGCAUAGGAGAGAUAAUCACUCUUAAAGUGGGAAGCCUGUAACUGGCGGUGGUACUUUCUGCACAUUUCGUCUCAAUUUAGCUAAGUUGGUGAUUUUAGCUACAGGAUACUUUUGUCUCUUUGCCCUCUUUAGUUCAAAUGCCACACAACUUGCUACUAAGUAUGAAGGCCCUAGGAGGCAGCUCAGGAGGGGGCUUUAAAACAAAGUCUGAGAGGCCCAGAAAAAAACAUUCUCGGUGAAAAGCUGAGGUUCCUCCUGGGAGAAGAGGAGGCAGAAGGGACAUUGGACUGGGGACAGGCACAUGAGGGUGAGGGAAGCCAUGACCUCUGUGUCAAGAAAGGAUAAUUCUGAGGCUAAUUCAGGAAAGUGAACCCUGGGACCUUCAGGGGCUGCCCAGCAAGGCUCAAUUUUGUGUGUACGAAUGAGGCCUUGGAGGCUCUGAUCGCUGCUUCUCUCUGGUGCCACUCUACUCUGCUAGGAGGUAUGGUGUCCUUGAAUCAGAGAAAAAGGUUUUUUUCAAGGACAAAGUAAAGAUUUCUUGGUGUCUGGGAAGAAAGGGAGGUCACUGUGUGUCCUCCGCAUUUGCAGUCAGAUUAGCCUCUGUAGCACUCCCAUGUACCGUCUGAAACUAUGCAGUGCCCCAGUGCUGAGAAAGCUUGGAUGAAAGGGGAGGAUUCAUCCAGGGUCACCACAGAACCAAACACAAUGCUUUAAUAGUGGGGUGUUAGCAACAAGGGAGGAAGAGAUAAAUCCUAGAGGCUGAGAAUCUCCACCGUGGCUUUUCAGUUGUUGUAUCGCUUCGAAGCUCCUUUCAGUCAGAGAAACUCUGGUUUCCGUCUCUUUUUUUUUUAGAUUACUUUGCAAUAAAGGAAUCCCAUGGCUGAAGGAGAAAUCUCUUUGAAGGUACUUACCUGUUUGAGAGGCAAAACAGGGAUGUUCUGGAAGCUCUCCCUGUCCUUGUGCCUGGUGGCCGUGCUGGUGAAAGUGGCGGAGGCCCGGAAGAACCGGCCGGCGGGCGCCAUCCCCUCGCCCUACAAGGACGGCAGCAGCAACCACUCGGAGAGAUGGCAGCACCAGAUCAAGGAGGUGUUGGCCUCCAGCCAGGAGGCCCUGGUGGUCACCGAGCGCAAGUACCUCAAGAGUGACUGGUGCAAGACGCAGCCGCUGCGGCAGACGGUGAGCGAGGAGGGCUGCCGCAGCCGCACGAUCCUCAACCGCUUCUGCUACGGCCAGUGCAACUCCUUCUACAUCCCGCGCCACGUCCGCAAGGAGGAGGAGUCCUUCCAGUCGUGCGCCUUCUGCAAGCCCCAGCGCGUCACCUCGGUCCUGGUGGAGCUCGAAUGUCCCGGGCUGGACCCUCCCUUCCGACUCAAGAAGAUCCAGAAGGUGAAGCAGUGUCGGUGCAUGUCGGUGAACCUGAGCGACUCGGACAAGCAGUGAGCACCUGCGGCGGGACGCAGCUCGCCCCGCGCGCCAGUUGGCUGGGCCGCCGCCGCCUGCGUCGCCGUCCUCUGAGCCCACGCACGCGCUGCCCGGUGGCCCCUUCCGCAGCAAGCACGUUUCCGGGGGCCCACGGCGCCCUUGUCACACGCGCGGGCCACAAGCGGAGCUUCGCUGCGAUGUGUUCCUGACCGACCGCGGGCCUCUCCUAUGCGUCCCAAACGGGCUGCGUUUCAGGCCCGAGGGACGUGGCGGGAAACCCACCGUCCACCAGUCAGCGGCCGGAGAGGGCCUUUCCCGGGCUGCCCUGCCAAUCCGGCAAUGAUGUUUCCACCAUGUGGAAAAGCGAGUCUUUCCCUGGCCUCACCCUACACUCCAGCUCCCCCUUCCCAGGAAGUGAACGAUGCGGCCCUCACGCCUCUCCCGCUGGGCCAGGGCCCUCCAGCUGAGAGGUUCCCUUGGGAAGGGAGGGCUGUCCUCGCGCUGCUGUGAUGCGGUUCUGGACGAUGUCCGGACACAGGGAGGUUCUUCUAAAAACCCAAUACUGAGAAGACGACUUGAGCCACUGGGAUCAUGAAAUGGGCUUCCCUGGGGACCUUGCUCAGCAGGCCACACUCUCCCCUACCCCCGGCCCCCACCACCUCUUCCUCACUUCCCCCCCCACCCCCCCCCCCCUCUGUGGACUCAGAUGAACCCUGAUGUGCAUGCUAUUAUUGCUGCAAUUAGAAUAUUAUUACACACAAAGGUCUCCAUAUUAACGCUGGUUUUGUAAUUGACCUGUAUUGUAAAGAGCUGUUAAAAAGCACUAUAGACCUAUCCUUGUAUUGUUUCACGUGUUUGGACUCUGGCUUUGCAGCACUAUUCUGAGUCAGGCCCACAAGGUGUUUCACUCAGAAAUAAUGCCUAGUCAGCAGUUCAUUGUCAUGCACCUAUUCUUAGAUUGGGCAGGGAGACGCCAGGUGAUUUUACCUUGUGAUUUGACAAUGAAUAAUAUUUCACUGAAGGUCCUAAAGCAUUGCAGCACAAUAUAGGAAGUGGAUCGGGAUGGAAGGGUGUAGGGAGGGGACUCACUGGGAAGUCAUUAAGGGGGAACUUAAAAGCCCUAUGAUAUUUAAUAUGCAUAUGUGGUGUGAGAAGUUAUACUAUUUUACUGCCAUGACACUAAACAAAAGAUAUUUCCCGGUAAAAGAAAUAUUUAAAAGUAUAAGGAGUCAAUUCACUUUGUGGUGUAGGAGGAAAUAAAAAAUAAAAUACAUAGAACGGAAAGCUAGUUAAACUAUCCUACAGAAGCUUCCUUUUCAAAGAAUGGAAUUUUUGAAAAAAACAAAAAGAUGACCAACUCAUUUUUCAUUUUUAUGAAUCGUUGAGGUUUUCAUGUUGUGAACUCUUGGCAUAAGAAAGUUGACAUAAUUUAUCAUCCUGAAAACUUAUACUUACCUUGAGUCCCUUUGCUAGAUUGCCCCGCAAAGACUUCCCUGUGAGUAACGUUUAUGGAAUCUGUAAAUGUGAAUUAGAUGCCAUUGGCGGGAAGCAGCACACUUUGAAGACCUUUCAUUGGUAAUUCCCCCGAGCACUCAGGCUCAAGUGCUGUUGCCAAAGGCCCUCAGAAAAACCCAUUUCCAGGUUUGUGAGACCCUCUACAAGCUGCUCGGAGAGCUGAGGCUUCCUGACCUUUGACCGUGAUGGGGGAUCUGGAGGUGUUCACCUGGAGAGCAAGGUUGUGGCAUGACAGUGAAUCCAUCUCCUGCCUCUACGCUGCGGGUUUCGUUUCUAUCGCUUCUGUAACUCCAUGAGACCUGAGCAGAAUGUGCUGUUGCACAAGAGGGCAUUGGUUUUAGAAAUGGUUAUACACAGCCCUAACUCAGGAGGCAGAACUCAACAGAAAUCCUUGAAGGCUGGAACCUUGGGAUAGAGGGAAAGAGUGGAGAGUGUGUCCAGCUUUCGAAUUUAUUUUUCCAGUUAAUGGAAAACCUCAAGCCAGACUCCGUGCAGGGCCCACAGCAGAAACGCUGUGAAGGAAGGAAGUCCACAUGACUGUACCUGAGGUCAACGGAGUAGAGUAGGGUAGGGGUGGGUGGGAGUCUCUGGCUGACCACAGAGGCAACCCUGUCAUUUUAUUAACACAGAACCCAAGUAGAUAGGGGAAGGAUUAAGCUAUGAACUCACGGAAUACAAACAUGAGCACACACUCUUUGAACCCAACUGUGGGAGUAGCAAUGGAAGCAAUAUGAUAUGCUGCAGUGUGAAGCUCCUUCUGGGGGUAUGUACAAAGUUUACCUUACAAUGGCUCAAAUUGUAUUUAAUUGUUUUUUUUUGUCUGUUUAUAAAUGAAGAAAAGCUAUAAGUAUAAUGUAAUUAUUUUAUAGGUGUACUAUUAAAUUAUAGAACAAAUAAAGAUACUCUAGGAUUAUAUGUGAUCCUGGUGUGAAGUGCCAUAAAAGAUGGGAUUCAGAACUUGUUCCAGUGGGCAAUGAAGGAGCACUGUGUUCAGAGUGCUUUUGUCCAGUCGUGGUGAAUUCAAUCCUUAGUCUACAUCACGCAACCAAUCCCUUUGGGGCCUGGCACCAUCAAAGAGAAUCAGAAUCAGGCAUUCAAGGAUCAGAGGUGAAGGGGAUGGCUCUCAGUCCUGGUCUUGGGGAGUUUCCAAGCCUCUUACAGAUUGGUCAGCAGCUGAAGACAGAAUUCUUGAGCUCUUCUCAUUGUGUUCUUUGAAUAAGAAAUACAGAAGUUCAUCUUCCUUGUAGUGACCAGGGUACCGCAUUUGUCUCUUCAACAAGCCAGAAUUUGUCCUGAGUUUUGUCCGUUUUCACAAUCACCUUUCAAACAUUUCAACAUUUCUUGAUAUCACAGUGUUUCUGUUUUUCAACCAAUUGACUUAUAUGACAUUCACGUAACUCGAUUAUCAAUAAAAAGUAAACACUAUA